AUGCGGUUUCCAAAACCACCGACACCGAGGUGGAACUGUUCAGGGCCAGCAGAAGAUACCUACCGCACAUGGCUGAAGUGCUCUAGGCUUCACUUCACAGUCUGCGCCCUUGCCGCGGGCAUGCUAUUUCAAAUUUCGCCUGCGCUCUUUUGUGACAUUGGCGCCCACGUAACAGCUCACGAGAGUAGCAAUGCGACUGUUGAUGCUUUGUAA